UUGCAUCCAAGUAAUGUAAGUUCGGCAUAUGGAACUCUUCCACUACAAAAUCAUCAUGAUUGCUUCUUCAUCUUAGUCCUGCUAUCAUCUAAUUCUUCCCUCCAGAUGAUAUUAAGGCUGAAUUGUUGGAUGUGUAUGAACGGUGAGUGAAUGCCGUUCAUUUUCAAAAUAUGGCUGUUGAAUCGGGAUCCUAGGUUUCCCCUUUUAACCAUGUUCUUGGUGUCGAGAUAUGCUCCUUUCUGAACCAUGUUCUUGUUUAUUUAUUGAUAUCCAUGAGUUAUGGAAACUUAUGUUCUUUCUUUAUUAUAUUGGCAUUCAUUGAGAGUUUCAGUUCACAUUGUUCAGGCUCAAGAAUAUGCUGACAAUAUUUUCCUGUCGCAUCAAUGCUUUGAAAGUACCUUGUGAAUGGCUCGUACCUGAUUGUGAAUUGCAGUUGAGGAACAAUAAAAUUUGUUGCCAAUUGUGGUAACUUGCAGGCUUUCUCAGCAGGGUGCUGGUUUGGGGCUACCUUGUGGGCUAAGUUUGGCCUCAAGGCAGAGGGAAAGUAGAGGUAACCUACUUAUGUUAUAUUCCUAGCUUAAGAUUAUUCUGCAAGGAAUGUUAUAUGCUUGAACUUAACUUGCAUAUUUAAGAGCCGCCAAAAACUAUUGUACGACAUAUACUGAUUCAAGGAAAUUCACAAGCUUCGGAUCGAUAUAGGCAUGUAGCUUCAAUUGCAGGUGCUGCCAUCUCUUAAUAAUAUCAUGUCAUUCAUUUCCUAAUCAUGUCUACAUUUUGUUCACAGGGAUGAGCGUGUUCAAUCUCAACGCGGCAGACUUCUUCAUAACAUCCAACUGGGGAUCCCCAACGGACAACCGAAUCUUUGUGAACAAGCACACAGGCGAUCGCUGGGAGCCUGGCAACUUGGUCGUCAUCGGCGAAUCCGAGAAGGUGAAAGAGCUCGAAGUCUCGGGGACCACCUUCCGCGGCGAAAAGCUCACGGAGCUCAGCAGAGACCUCCGAGCCUGGAACGACAGGACGCGAUGCAGCCUCCGCGUCAACUGCGAGGGAUCCUGCUUCGUCCUCGACUACCGAGCAGGGGACUCCUCUGGCAUCCGAAUCAACACCGUAUUCGACUGGUCCAAGCAUGGCGUCAGGACGGCCAAGGAGAGGCAGCUGGAGUUCCUCACCUCACAACUGGAGGACAAGGACAGCACGGUUUCGGAGCUGCGUAGAAACUUGGAGGACACGGCAAAGGAGCUCGCGUCGAACAAGUCCGAGCUGGUCGAGGCACGAGGCGAGCUCGGUGCCCUGUCCAGGCGUCUGGACAGGGUGAACAGAGCGGCAAAGGAGGUGGAGGAAGUUGUGGAGGAGAUGGAGAAGGAGAAGAGGGACUAUGCGGCGGAGUUGAGGUCGAGGUACGAGAAGGGGUUGGAGAGGAGGAAGAGGAGGGUUGAAGAGCUGGAAGCGGAGGUGGAAGGGAAGGAGAGGGAGGCGAGGGAAUGCAGGUUGAAGGGGAUGAAGGCGGAGGAGGAGGCGGCGGCGUGGAGGAAGGCGGCGGAGAGGAAGGGUAAGAUGGUGGAGGAAUGUGAGAGGGUGGUGGAGGAGAAGGAGAAGGAGGUUGGGGUGUGGAAGUUGAGGUUGAGGGAAGUGGAGGAGAGGAAGGUGAGUGAAGAGAGGGAUGUGGAGGUGGAGCAUUGGAAGAUGAAGUUGAGGUAUAAGGAGGAAGAGCUUGCGGUUAGUAGGAAGCUGUUGGAGUGGAAGGAUAAGGUGAUGGAGAUGACGAAGGAGAAGGUUUCCGGUAGUGAUUCUUCCGAGAUUUGGAUACUGUGAAGCUCUUUGAUGGGUGGGGAAAAAUUUAAUACCCUGUUAACCGCUUGACGUAAAUAAGUCAAAGACAUUCAAUUUUUAUUGAAGUCUGACAACAAAAUUCUUAAUCGACGGAUAAUUUCCAUUAACUAUUGGCUAAGUCCAAAAUAUAUAUAUAUUGAAUUUUUUGGGGAUUUUUUCAGAAAUAGCACUUUGAAAAAAAAAAUUCAAAAAUUGCACCCAUCCGAAAAUAUUUACAAAAAUAACACCCUUUUUUAUGGACCGCACGUGGAGGGUGCGCUUUAUAUAUAAACCGCACUUCUAAAGUGCGGUUUAUUAUCCUUGGCCAAAACCGAAUCUUGGCCAUGUGGUUUCAGGUUUGACCUACAUAAACCGCACGGUCGAGGUGCGGUUUUGGCCUGACCUAGCAAAACCGCACAUUGGAGAUGCGGUUUGCUUCUCCAAAACAAAACCGCAUCCCCAAGGUGCGGUUUUGCCACACAAACCGCGCCCCCCAGUGCGGUUUGUGUGUCAAUUAUUUUCCAACACCCGACAUAUAGUCUUGCAGAAUAACAGACGUGGGGCUGCAUUGGCGGACGAAAACCGCAUCUCUAAGGUGCGGUUUUCAUCAGUGAUUUUGCCUAUAUAAGAAUGCACGGAAAACCUCUUCUCUUCACAUCUCUCCUUCUCCCUUUUCAAUUUUCUGUUCUAGCUCUAUAUUUCUUUAGUGUUUUUGCGAUUAACGUUAACUCGUAAGUUUAUUUUGUAUUACUUUUUAUUGUUAUUUGUGAUUUGUGAUUUUUAUGGUAUUAACUGAACUACGAUUUUUUUGCAGAUGGCAUUCCAAAAGUUCACGCUUGGCUUACGGUGGAAUGGUUACACGGAAGAGACCGGAAAAGGGGUCACCUCGGGUUGGAUCCGGUGCUUAAGCCUAUAAGUUUAAGCAUCUUCUUAAGUCAUUCUCAUUGGCUAAUAGUAGAUUAGGUAGUUAAUAGUGGUUAGUAGUUAAUUGUUAGUUGAGGGUAAAUGAGGUAUUAUGCAAAUAUAAUUAAUACUAAUAAUUAAUGAUUUAUUUCUCUCUCCUCCGUAACCUUCUUAUUACCCUCUCUCGUCACUAUCAUUAAAAGGAAAUUCAGAAUUAAUUAAAUUAAAUAUUAUUAUUUAAUAUUUAAUAAAUUCGGACUUAAUGUUUUUUCUUUCUUAAAAUGAAAAUUAAAAAUACCCGCUCUCUCUCUCACUUUGAGACAACUUGCAAUGUAGUAUUAACGUUUUACAAUGAUAUUAUUAACUUUUAUGAAAUUAAAAAUACAUGCUCUCUCUCAUUUUGAGACAGCUUGCAAUGUAGUAUUAACGUUUUGCAAUGCCAUUAUCAACAUUUAUGAAAUAAAUAAUUAUUAAUAUACCUAAUCAUUAUUAAUAUUUUCAAUAUACUUAUCAAUUAUUUACAAUUACAUUAUUAACAAUUUUGGAUCAAUUAUUACUGUUUUACAUUUUUGUCAUCAAUGCUUGUGAAUGAAUCAUUAAAGUCAUAUAACAUUGCCACUAAAAGUUUGAGUAGUGCAAUAUUAUUGAUUUACAAUAUUUUUAGUUUUUUACCAAUGAUUCACAUUUUCAUCUCAUGUUUAUAACUAUCUAGUCAUGACAUCUUCCAAUGACUUCUAAUGACAUUGUUAACAUUUUGCAAUCAAUUGAUAUUGCUUUGUAUAUCGUUCUCAGUGAUCAUGAAUCACAAUAUAGAUCUUCAAGAUCUUCGACACUUGUGACAUAGUGCACCUGUGAUUCAGUCAAACAAACAUUAGUAAAGGAAACUCAUUGCAAUUUGAAUGAGCGAGGAAAAUGUUAAUAAUGAUAACAAAAACUUUAAUAACAUGACAGUUAAAAAUUUCGAAUUGGUAACUGAAGUAUUAAUAAUUAAACUUCCAUAAUGGUAGCAGAAACGUUGAUGACUUAAAUAUAAAAGGUUAAUAAUGGU